ACGUCAUUGGUCGUUUCCUUUGGUUAAGCACUGCAAGUCAGUAGUGUCACGUACAUGUAUUUUUAUGUGAUAUUAAAUAUUUUAAUUACCUAUUAAGUUAAAGUGAAAAUGAGUACCAAAACGAAAGUAAUAGAAAAAAACGGUGGUUCUAAAUCAUCGUUACCCUCAGUUUGGGUUAGAGCGAUUACAUCUAGUUCGGAAUGGCCAGAUAAGGAAGAAUUUCUAGAUGUUAUCUAUUGGGCCAGACAGGCCUUAGGUGUAAUAUUGGGAAUAGUUUGGGGUUUACUUCCCUUAAAAGGGUUUUUAGGUCUUGUAUUGUUUGUUUUAAUUAAUGCUGGAGUCAUAUAUUUUUACUUUACUAACUUUCAAAGUGUAGACGAAGAUGAAUAUGGAGGUGCAUGGGAACUGACGAAAGAAGGAUUCAUGACGUCUUUCGCAGGUUUUCUUGUUACCUGGAUAAUAAUAUAUUCUGGUUUGUAUUACGAAGCAGAUAAAUUAACAUCAGAAUAGACCCAGGCAAUGGUAGCAAAAAACUAUUUCCAAAUUGUACGAAAACGUAUAUUUUUUUAAGAAGAGACAAAAUUUAAACUAAAAUUUUAUAUAUAAUUGUAGGAAUAAUUCUGUUUAUAAGUUAUACAUAUAUUCUAUCGUCUAAAUUUUUCAGUUUCUUCUUUGAAAAAAUGUAGUGUACUAUUAGUGUUAAAUAUGUAUAUACUAGUGUUAUUUAUAUGUAUGUAUAAAAAUUUUAUAGAAUUCUUAUAAUAAAGAUGCGAAAAUAAAAUAGGGGUGCCAAAUAUGUCUGAUAAGUGAGAUUAUCAUUUCAUUGAUCGUAUUUCUUAUAAAAAAAAAAAAUUGGAAGUGCAGAGCCUUCAUAAGUGUUUAUGAGCCACGGACAGUCAAAUUUAGGCAACCAACAUUGCACGGCUGGUAUGGUCGACUAAAAAAACCCUUAUAUCUUAGUGUCACCAUGAUUCGUUUACAAUGAACUAUGACAAACCGUUAUGUUUAUGUUUGAUUUAAUAGAAUCACGUGAAAAAUUACGACGGCCGGUGGAACAGAAUUUUGUGUUUUAAUAUAAUCUUGAUUUCACUGUUUUAAUUUGACCACAAUUGAAUUGCCAAUGAGAAGGAAAUAAAAUGACUUCCAAACAAAAUUAAUGGUCAUGUGGCCCGCAAUCAUUUAUGCCGGCCUGUAUAUAUAUAUUUUCAAAUCGUGUUAUCUAUUUUUUAAUACAUUUUGAAUGUAUCAUUAUUAUAAAGCUUAUAAAGCAAUGUCAACUUUCUCAGUACUAAAAAUUCAUUGUCACUUUCAUAAAUAUACCAUAAUUAAAUUUU